AACCCUAGUGAGUGAUGUGACUACUAUGGACAGUGUGGUCCAAAUAGUAACUGUGACCCAUACAGUAAUUUUAACUUCUCUUGCCUUUGUCUGCCCGGAUUUGAACCCAAGUUCCCCCAGGAUUGGAAUCUGAGAGUUGGAUUGGGUGGAUGCCUGAGAAAAUCGGGAUCGUCUACAUGCCGAAAAGGGGAAGGGUUUGUUAAGGUGGCACGCGUGAAGGUACCCGACUCAUCUAGGGCACGUGUGAAUAUGAGUUUGAGUCUGAAAGGGUGUGAGCAAGAGUGCAUGAAGAAUUGUUCUUGCAUGGCAUACACGAGUGCAGAUGAAAGGGGAGGAGGGACGGGUUGCGUGUUGUGGUACGGGGACUUGAUAGACACAAGAACUUUUUCAAAUGUUAGGCAGGACUUGUAUGUACGAGUUGAUACAGCUACUCUAGCUCAAUUUGCAAAUGGUUCUGUAAUUAGCAAGAAGGGUUCUGCAAUUGGCAAGAAGGCAAGGCUGGCAACUUCACUAGUAUCCGCUCUCGUGUUCCUUGUCCUAGUAUUCCUUUUGUGUUGGUUGGUAAGGAGGAAGAGGCAAGCAGGGAGGCAGAGAAAAAAUAUGUUCUUCAUGGAAGAUGGAACAGAUCUCAAUGAUCAAAGUAAAAUAAACUCAGAAUUACAAUUCUUUGAUCUAACAACCGUCGCAGCCGCCACGGACAAUUUUUCGGUAGCGAACAAGCUUGGGAAAGGAGGUUUUGGCUCAGUCUAUAAGGGUGUACUUCAUAAUGGAAAGGAAGUAGCGGUGAAACGACUAUCGAAUAAUUCUGAUCAAGGAAUUGAAGAGUUUAAGAAUGAAGUUGUGAUAAUUGCGAAACUCCAACACAGGAACCUUGUCAAGAUUAUAGGUUGCUGCGUUGAAGAUGGAGAGAAGAUGCUAAUCUAUGAAUACGUACCAAACAAAAGUUUGGACUCUUUUAUUUUUGAUGAUACAAAAAGAAAUCUUUUAGAUUGGACAAAACGCUUUGAGAUUAUUUGUGGGAUUGCUAGAGGGAUUUUAUAUCUUCAUCAAGAUUCGAGAAUAAGGAUUAUCCAUAGGGAUCUAAAGGCCAGUAAUAUUCUACUGGGUGCAUCUAUGAGCCCCAAAAUAGCAGAUUUUGGUAUGGCAAGAAUAUUUCUAAGGGACCAAUGUGAAGCAAAUACACAUCGUGUGGUCGGAACAUAUGAUUAUAUGUCACCGGAGUAUGCAAUGGAAGGAAAUUUUUCAGUAAAAUCUGAUGUGUAUAGCUUUGGCGUUUUACUGCUAGAAAUCAUAACUGGCAGAAGAAACUACAACAGAAACUAUCCCCACUCAAAUUUGAUUGGAUAUGUUUGGGACCUGUGGAGAGAAGGCAAAGCCUUGGAAAUCGUUGAUCCAUCCAUGGGGGAAUCGUACCAUGUCAACGAAGUUGUGAGAUGCAUCCAAAUUGCCCUCUUGUGUGUGCAAGAGUUUGCUGCUGACCGGCCAACCAUGUCGGCGGUUGUUUUCAUGCUAGGUAACGAGGCAGCAGUUCCUUCCCCAACACAGCCUGCAUUUUUGUUGAGGAGGAGUUGUACUAGAGUAGAUCCAUCAACGAGUACUGAAGGAGCUAGUUCUAUAAAUGAUGUGACAUGUACAGAAAUAGAAGCUCGCUAAAGAAAGGCCUAGGAUUACCCGACAUGUUCCACAAUAUAUAUGUACUUGUAGCAGCUUGCAAAAGAUAAUGUAUUAACCACAUACAAUUUGUUACCGUAUGAAGAAAGGGUGAACAAAAUUUACCAUGCCUUGAAA